AUGAGCAGCCCUCAGCCAAUUCCGGGGCCAUCGACCACUAGUUCGACGCCAAAAUUAUCCAAGUUUCUUAAACCGGAAUGGAGAGACAGACCACGCUCGUCCGGCGGCGGCGUUGAUCCGGGCAGCGAGACACCGACGCGCAGUUCCAAGAUUGUGGGCAAGAAAGGGAGCAAACUCUUCUCGAGAAAUAGAUCAGACGACUCGGAGGAUACAUCUGCUGCUAACAAUUCGAGCUCGCGGUCGCCAGGGGCUGCGAUUACGGACGCACCAGUAAUCAUUGAGCCGCCAUCCAACAGCAAGCCGCGCGCAAGACCACCACGACCGUCGAGUGCGAGUGAUAAUGGUGCUGUUCCUACUUCCAUGACCGCGUCGAGCACCAGCGCGCCCGGCUCCAGCAGUGCCAGCGUCCGCAACUUGGGAGACUUUCCCUCCCGACUCUCGGGUUGGUUCAGCCACGCCUUUUCUGGGUCCUCUACGGAUCUUUCUCUGCCAAAUAUUCUCUCACAAUCCAGUGUUUCCCCGGCCCAGCUGCUCGCCGGCUCGCCCAAGUCCAAGAACGCGCAUCCGCUCAUCACCGCGGGCAAGGACCAUCUGGGCAAAGCCAUGCGCUAUUUGCUCGAUUCAGACGCGCAGCCAGACAAAUCUACCGAGAAGAUAUGGGUGCUCGGCGUCGAGCAUCCUGGCUACGAGCCUCCACCACCUCCAUCGAGCACUCCUGCCACGUUGACGCCUUCGUCGCCGACAGGUACGCUGGUGCCUGCAGAAAAGCGAAUUAGUCGAAAAGACUCGAUAGAUGCCAAAUCAAAGUCCCCGUCCUCGUUUAGAAACCCCAUUCCGACCACGCAUUCGAACAGCUCGUCUCAGUCACUCUCCUCUGCCGUCUCCUCCUCGUCCACCCUCAAUCCAAGCGGAUCUAGCAGUCGGUCCGCGCUCGCAUGGCCUCCGUCAUUCUACUCUGAUUAUACCUCUCGCGUGUGGCUGACCUAUCGCAAUACGUUUCCCCCGAUCCGAGACACUGCGCUCUCCUGCUUAGAGCCCGUUGCAUCGCGCUCGACCCACAACAAUUCGUCGUCCACUGAUAUUUCGCAACCUCUUCCUUCGCCUUCAAAGCCGCGAUGGCCAUGGAGUGGGGAGAAAGGGUGGACGUCUGAUGCUGGCUGGGGUUGCAUGCUUCGUACUGGGCAGUCACUUUUAGCCAACGCGUUGAUCCAUCUUCAUCUCUCGCGCUCGUGGAGGCGGCCUACGCAUCCAUCGUACAGUCCAGACUAUGUCCAAUAUGUCCGGAUCCUAACCUGGUUCCUGGAUAACCCUUCACCGUUGGCACCAUUUGGCAUACAUCGAAUGGCGCUGGCUGGCAAAGAGCUUGGGAAAGAGGUCGGCAGCUGGUUUGGUCCCAGUACGGCAGCGGGCGCCAUUAAACGUCUGGUUGGAGAGUUUGAAGAUGCUGGCUUGGAAGUCGCACUCGCGGUAGAUAGCGUCGUCUACCAGUCAGACGUCUACGCUGCAUCAGCCGCGUCCAGGAAUCAGAAUGGGGUCGAGGGUGAUUCGAAGACCGUUGGCACGUCCAAAUCCCGUAAGAAGGGACAAGGUCCCCCCAAAUGGGGAAACAGACCUGUUCUGAUUCUCGUUGGUAUUCGAUUGGGUAUCGACGGUGUCAAUCCUAUCUAUUAUGAAAGCGUCAAGACUCUAUUUACUUUCCCGCAAACAGUCGGGAUAGCGGGUGGUCGCCCUUCCUCCUCGUAUUACUUUGUGGGAGCACAAGGGGAUAGUCUGUUUUACCUAGAUCCCCAUCACACACGACCAGCAAUCCCGCUUCGACCACCACCCGCUUUUGAUGAGACAAGUAUCAUCAGCACAGACGAUGGAAGUCAGACGAGCAACAAUCCAGGCAAGCGACGAGGGUCCGAAUUCCACAUGCACAGUCAUACCUCGACACCAGAUACGUCAGAAUCAGAACGUCGCUCAUCUAAGCGCCUGAGUAUCCGUCGUGUCUCUGUCAACCGCAUGUCGUCGUCGUACCAAGCCCCUGCAACGUCGCAACAGGCAACACCGACUUCUCCCAUCAGCAUCCAUUCCACAUCAUCCCUCUCACAAGCAUCAUCGACCUCUCAUAAUCAACACUCUGCCAUUCCCCUAUCUUCUUCGCCGCUCGCGCGAAAGUCCAUUUCCUCCCCACCACCAACCAGUCGUCCACCCAGCGCUUCGCCAACGCGAGUGGCAAGCAAUGCGGCCAUUCCUCUUUCUCCGACGUCUGCCAGUAUUCAGAUGUCGCCAUCGACGCCAAACGGCGCUCUAGGUUCCUCACCAAACUAUAGUGCCUCGACGCUGGAUCCGAUGUCUACUUACCUUGCUACGGCGUACUCCAUCUCGGAGCUUCGGACGUUCCAUUGUGAACGAGUACGCAAGAUGCCGUUGUCGGCACUGGAUCCGAGCAUGUUGCUCGGAUUCCUCUGCCGAAAUGAAGAAGAGUGGAAGGAUCUACGCGAGCGACUUGCAGAGAUGGCUCGUACCAAGAAAGCAAUCUUUUCCGUGCAAGACGAGCCGCCGUCGUGGCCAGAUGAAGACGGGGAUAUUGAUAUCGAGUCAGCGUCUGAUCAAGAAGAAAUCGAGGACGAAUCUGCUGGUGUAGAGGAUGACUUGGAAGACGAAGACGAAUUGGAGGUCAAGGACCGCCAUUCGAGGGACCAGUCGAAGGCUGAAUCAGACGAGGAAGAGUCGGAUUCAGAAGAAGAAGAAGACGAGGAGAAGCGAGCAGAGCGCAAGGCGGCUUUCAGGUCGAAAUCGUCUCGACACGAUACGAUUGUGGGCAAGGCUCGACCAGAAAUGGCAGCGGUCGCGGCUGCAGCAGCGUCCAAAGCCGCCAAUUCCCAAGAGCAAGAAACGGUUCCAAGUAACGAAGAUGAUGAGGAUCUGGAUGAUGACGAUGAUUGGGUUGAUCCUACUAAGCCCUCUCCGCCUGUCCCACCAAAGGAUGUACUCGCAAAUUCUGGAAGUACUCCAGCAGGUACGCUGGGUGUAGAACGAAAGGGGGACCAAGAAGAUGAUGCAUCAUUGACACCAACACCUGCCUCGCCCUCACUCAAUGUUUUAAGUGGUCACCAAAAGUCGCGAUCGAGUAGUCGAGAUCUACCGGUGAUCCCAACGACAUUGGUGUCCGUUUCACGCGAGUCGACGACAUCAAGUCGACCGUCUUCGUCAUCGAGAAGACUCUCGCAAGUGGCAAUCUCAGAGGCACCAGUGCCCUUCCCGACACGAUCACCUGAUCAUCGCAAGCACUCGUCUGCAUCAUCACGCUCUGCAACAUCGUCAUCGAUACCUACCUCUCCGGCUUCGUCUCAACCAACCUCGUCCUCACACGGGCAUUCAAGCUCGUACACGUACCAUCGAGCGCAUCACUCGCAUGAGAGGGAUGCAACAGGAUACCCAUUCCCGGGAAGUACGACGGACGAUAGUGGAACGGCGAGUAGUGAUAGUGCACCGUCGUCAGAUGCAUUGGGAGGGGACGAGAAGCAUGGCCAUGGGCGAGGUUCGUUGGUGCCGAAGCGGGAAAGACGGACGACAGUCGGACGAACGGCGCCUAUGAGUGGAUCGUCUGUUGGGACGCCGAGUCCGCCUCCUACAUUGCACUAUUCUUCGUCGUCUUCUGCAUAUCAUCACCAGCAGAGUUCGUCUGGGACAAAUGGAAGCGCCAAGGCUGCGAAGCAUGGAGGUCGGACAUCGAGCGGAGGAGUGCGCGCGGCGGUAUGGAAGGACGAGGAUGGAGAUGAUUUUUAA